GUAUAUCGGCACUUUCGGUUUCACUUCCUUGGUCUUCGCUGAUGUCGUCGGUUGUCUAUUUCAAGUUUAAGGCUAAUGUGAAAACUGACUCCAUACCUUUUGAUGGAUCUUCAAUUUCCGUAAAAGAUCUUAAGACUGCGAUACGCGCUAAGUGCUGCCUGUAUUCGUCAGAUUUUGACUUGAAACUUGAGGAUAGCAAUGGGAAAGCAUACGUCAAAGACGAGGAGCUUAUCCCAAAGUACACUAGCAUCGUAGUUCGCCGUGUACCGAAACUAAACUCUGAAUCGCAAAAGAAGAGGACGCCGACUGUUGAAGACUUACCUUGGCGUGAUGGUCAGAAAAAUGUCAAUUCCGCAGAUGCGCGUCUACAGAAACACGUUAACUUGGCAGAUUCAGAUUUGCCGGAGGAGGAGAAAAUCAAGAUUAUGAUGGAGCGGUCGUCAGAAGUAUACUCAGAAAAGAAUUUCGCUGUGAAAGCCAAACCAUACGGUAUUCCUCCUGCCUCCUAUAUCUGCCAUAAAUGUGGCCUUCCUGGGCAUUGGAUACACAAUUGUCCUGGUGUUCGGGACACCACUGGCAAAAUGAUAGAUGUAAAAACUGUCAAACGCCCAACGGGUAUUCCACAAGAUUUCUUGUUGGAAGUUGAGGCCGGUACUCCUGGUGCGUAUCUGGGGAAAUCCGGAAAAUACAUGGUCCCAAUUAAGGAUGCCGAAGCGUAUGCUCAAGGAAAAAAAGACAAGCGACCUUUUUCCUUGGAAGAGAAUCCUCCAUAUGUGCCUUCCGAACGAACUCCUCCCAAACAGUUCAUCUGCCCUUUGUGCAAUGAGAUGUUCCGAGAUGCCGUUUUGGUAUCCUGCUGUGGCACGACUUACUGCAACGAAUGCAUUAUGGGUCAUGUUUUCGACUCUCAAGUCCUUGGUUCUCACAAGUGCCCCAAUUGCGGGGCAGUCCUUUCCGAUCACGAAUCAAGCGUCUUUGAAAAUGCUCUUGUUCGCAGCAUGAUAAGGGACUGGUUAGCCAACGAAACCGGGUUACCCGGCCCCGACUCCAAUAACGCACAGCAGGACAUUUUCGGAGUUGACGAUUCACAAAAGGUUUUCGUCAAUAAUCGGCGUGUUUUAAAACCAAAACAGGCCUUUGUUACUCCAUCCAGUCCUCAAAUAAAGUCUGCAGAACAAGAACCUGAACCUCAACCCAAGGUCGAAUCGGCUCCAGCAAUCGUACAAGAAUCGGCACGGGACACGAAAGUUUCAUCCCAAAUCCCUACUUCCGCUGACUCUGUGCCUCUUUCCUCCUGUGGUUCUCUUGACUCCAAAGAUGUUGUGGAUGUUAACGUUAAACACACUCCUAUUGUAACGUGCAAUACAAGUACUGCUGUGGCUGCAAGUGCGCCUUGUACCACGUUGGUGGGAUCUGGCAGACAGCCUCUGCUAGCUUCCGCUUCUUGUCUUCCCAGUUCCCAGUUUCCAUGCCUAAGUUAUUCUGGCCCCAACCCUGUGAUACCGACUAUCCUUCCAAAUAUUAAUGGUGGCAGUAACUCUCUCCUUAACGCGUUGUAUAAUAUGCGUGUAGAAAAUUUGCAGGCCUCAGUGGCUGCUCCUCAAGUCGUUCUCCCUGUGCCCUUCCAAGGGCAUUUGGUUGGUGGCCCCGAGUGGAGUGCUGGUACGGCCUUGGCCGUUUCUCUCCCUCAGGCCACGGGUUUAGUUGAUCCAUUGUUCCAACUUAAUAGUGAUCAAGGCACCUACGGCUUAGUUCCUGAGCAAGCGUUACCCAGCACGCUCCCAUCGGCUCUAUCUGCAUCGAUCCCGAAUGUAGCUGGACACAAAGUGCUUUCCAAGGAAGAAUUCUAUCGCCUGAAAAUGGAAAUGCUACACUCGGCUCAUAGAAGGCACCGACAUCGGUCUCGGUCUCGUAGUCCGCUCCGUUCCCAUCGCCGAAGCUUACGCAUUGAGCAAGAGCCUCAUUUUCGUCGUCAUGAAGAGUCUAGCUGGAGGCAUCGUUAUCAUCGCCGCUCUCCGGAUGAUUAUGAACCGGGCUACCCUCAACGUCGUCGAUAUGAACCUGAUGAUCACUACGAUGCUAGGCAUAAUCGCAGUCGUGCCUUGCACUAUCGAUAUCGUUCAGACGAGCAUGAUAGUGUAGAUAUUGACUUUGAAAGACAAUCAGCUCAAGAGCGACGUUACGUCCGAGAUCGAAACAUUAAACCAACCGAAGACCUUCGAACGGUGAAGCUCAAAGAUCGGUCGUUACAGCGCGGUUCUCGGUCAGCAUCUGUUUCGCCGGAUCGCCGGAGGUCUCGUGAACACAUAAAUUGCUAUCGGGAACCUCAUGCAGAACGCUUCCCUCAAGUUGAACAUGAAAGAACAAGUGUUAGUCCGUUGGUCUCAGUCGUGCCUCAGUACGACAUCUCGGAACCCGAAUCGAUAGAAUCAAAAGAUGAACUGAAGCAACGCGCUGCUUCCACUGAGCCUCAAGAACAUCACUUAUUUAGAAAUCGGGAUUCCCCGCACUCAGUCAAUAAAGUCUCUCCAGAGGCUGCAUCAUCUGGGUGGACGAAAGCUGAUUCGAAGGACUUAGAUUCCUACAUCAACGAAUCUCCACCAGAUGAUAACCAAAGGGUUAACGAUGUCGUCACUACUGGGAAAAAGGAGAAAAAACACAAAAAACAUAAACACAGGCAUUCGGAAAAAAGAAAGGCGAAGAAGAUUCGCCGUAUAUUGAGCAAUCUUGACGAAAACUCACACGAGUGGAUAGCCAAUCAGAUUCGAUCUGGCCUGGACUAUGAAGAGGCUGUUUCAAAGCUAGUUAGCAUCCUGCGCAAGAAGGAUAAAAAACGCAAGAAACACAAGAAGGAAGCCAGAGAAGCAAAGAAGCGAAAGAGAGAACAAGCGGCUACUUUAAUUCCCAACAGUCCUCUUCGGCUUUAGCCCAACUUUUACAUGUACAUUUAUUGUAUAUAGCUCUUGUGUAAUGUAAAUAUGGCUUCCCGAUGCCUGCUACUUUUUAUUAAUAAUUGCGGCUUCAUGUGGUUCUAAUCUCCCGCACCACUCCAGUCAUGUGUUUUGGUCAAGGUUUAAUCUGGUGAUUGCUUACAGUCGGUUGUCCAAUUGAUCUGCUUCGAAUACACGAUUCACCUUUUCUUUGGAUCUUUUUUCUCCACAAUGGCUCUAAGCUGUGCUAUCUGCUCCACAUUUUUAUCGAGUAUAUUAUUGGGGGGGGGUCCUUCCC